GUGGACGUAACACGCGCGCGGGUGUAGCGUCGAACGCGGGAAAACUUUACGAUGUCGAAAUAAACACAAAAUUCGAUUCUAAUAAAUUCUUAAUUGUGAUUACAAAUAUAUGUGAUGUUAUUGUUGGCACCGUGAGCUUCAAACUAUAAUUGACGCCAUGAAAAUCACCGCAUGGAUUAAGUGGCGGACUUGCUGCGUCCUCAUAUUAACAUUGGGAGGUUCUCACGCGGAAAAAUUCACCCUUGGAUACAUCACUGGCUCACAGAGGCGACCAGGCGACUACACAUACCAAAAACCUGGUAGAGUAAUCUCAGGGGCCAUAUCUAUGGCAGUGGAUGAUGUGAAUUCGAAGCUUCUCCGGCCGAUGGGCCAUGAAAUAGACUUUGUAGUAGCAGAAACUUAUGGUCAAGAAGAAGUUUCAAUAAAACAGGUGGCGGCAUUGUGGGCAACAAACGUGUCAGCAUUCAUCGGGCCACAAGAGACUUGCGUGCACGAGGGACGCAUGGCCGCUGCCUUCAACCUUCCUAUGGUCAGCUAUUAUUGCCGUGACGUGGCGAGUUCAAAUAAGCGCGUGUACGCAACUUUCGCGCGCACACGCCCCUCCGACAUCGACAUCUCGCGCUCCGUGCUCGCCGUGCUCAAGCACUUCAACUUUAUGCAUAUAGUAGUCGUGUACUUAAAAGCUCCCAACCACGACUAUUCCCGUCUCGCGCUCGCCAUAAUGGCCGUGGCUCGGGAACAGCACAUCUCUAUCCGGGCCGCCGUCGAGUACCGGGAGCCGUUCUACUACGAGAACAGACAAGAGAAUUUCACUAGAAAUCCUUUCUUAGACAUCGUAAGGGAUACUUAUAAGGACACGAGAAUUUACGUGUCGGUGGGAUAUUAUCAUGAUCACAUCGGUCUGAUGUUAGCAUUAGAUACUAUGCAGUUGCUUGACUCUGGCGAGUACGCAGCCAUAGGUGUGGACGUCGAGAAAUAUGAACCAGAGGAGGCCGUACGAUACCUCGCGGGGCCGCUGCGCAAGGAGCCCGAGGCCAGGGGCUUAAAGGCCUUCAGGUCAUACUUGGCCGUGUCACCGUCACCCUCGCCCUCCUACUCGGCCUUCGCCAUGGAAGUCAACAGGAGACUACAGAUGCCUCCAUUCAACUUCACCAACCCGUUACUAGCAUUGGGCGGCGGGAAAGUGAUCCCAGUAGAAGCGGCAUGGCUGCAUGACGCAGUUUGGGUGUACGCGCGCGCGCUGGUGGCCGCGAUGUCCCUGGGAUACAACCCCCGCGACGGAAGAGCACUAGCCACUUUCAUGAGGAACACGACCUACCGCAGUGUUAUGGGUUACUGGGUGCAUAUGGAUGAGAACGGUGACGCAGAAGGCAACUACACACUGUUGUCGAUAGACCCUGCGCGAAAACCCGGCCUCUACCCAGUCGCAGUGCUGCACAAGUCUACUCCUGAGGUGAGAUUCCUGCGUGAAUUAAAGUGGCCCGGCGGGCGAGUACCGCUGUCAGAGCCCCCUUGCGGCUUUCACGGCGAAAAGUGCGCUAGUCAUAUAGGAGCAUGGGCAUUAGGAGCAUCUGGGGCCACCUUGGUUUUGUUAGCUCUGGCUGCCCUAGCCCUGUACCGUGGAUGGCGUUACGAACAAGAACUAGACUCACUGCUGUGGAAGAUCGACUUCCGAGACCUACAACUUCCCGAUGACGAGCCGUGCGUCAACAAACUGAGUAGAGCUGAUUUUUUCCAGCAAGACAGCAGCGCUGUUGUGAACACCAACUCCUCGUGUAACACCGUUACCACCGAAAAGGCGGGCGCCAACGGUGGCGUGCGCUCCAGCCAAGUGUCGCUGAGCUCCAACCCCGACCUGGACUUCAGAUACUCGGCCAUCUUCACGGAAGUGGCCCUGUACAGAGGCCGCCUUCUGGCUGUCAAGAGGGUGCGAAGACACCAUAUCGACAUCAACCGAGAGAUCAAGAAAGAACUGAAAAUCAUGAGAGAUUUACAACACGACAACGUGAACGGAUUCGUAGGAGCGUGCAUUGAGCCACCUAAUGUGUGCGCGCUUUCAGAAUACUGCACAAGAGGAAGUCUGAAGGAUAUUCUUGAGAAUGAAGACAUCAAGCUCGACAAUAUGUUUGUAGCAUCCCUCGUUGCUGACAUUAUUAGGGGUAUGAUAUUCAUUCAUGAGUCGACGCUGCAAUACCACGGCGCGCUGCGGCCGUCCAACUGCCUGGUGGACGCGAGAUGGGUGGUCAAACUCGCGGACUUCGGCCUCAGAGAAUUCCGCCGCGGGGAAAUACUGCCAGCUGACCCCAUCGCUUUGAGAACACAUUUCGAAAAUCUAGUCUACCUUUCCCCCGAGCUUCUCCGCAAGUCCGGUUGGGGUUCGGAUUCGUUUCCACUAUCGGACGAGCACAGAGACGGCACGCCUGCAGCGGAUGUGUACGCCUUCGCAUUGGUUCUGUACGAGAUCCACACGCGGAAAGGGCCAUUCGGGCUGGACGCGCCUGCGGCGCCGACGCUGCUGAGGCGACUAGCUGUGCCGGAACCCACGCCUUACAGGUAGACGCUCUCGCGGUGCCGAUGCUGCUGAGGCGACUACCUGUAAAUCCACCAUACUUUCGCAGUUUCCAAGCCUUUAAAUCAUCGAUUUGACUGCGUGCGUGAAUGCUGCUGUGAGUGCUGGGCCGAAGAUCCUACUUCAAGACCCGACUUCAAGGCCGUACGCACCAGGCUUAGGCCACUGAGGAAAGGCAUGAAACCUAAUAUUUUUGACAACAUGAUAGCUAUAAUGGAGAAGUACGCAAAUAAUCUCGAGGCUCUAGUGGACGAGCGCACUGAUCAACUACAGGAGGAGAAAAAGAAGACUGAGGCACUGUUAGAAGAAAUGCUGCCUGCGCCGGUGGCCGAACAACUAAAGCGCGGGCGCCGCGUGCUGCCCGAGAGCUACGACUCGGUCACCAUAUACUUCAG